AGGAAAAUUUAAGUGAAAGGGAGGAAAAAGUCACUUUUUCCUUCUGCAAAGAGUGCUGCAGAAAGUCAAAGGGGGCAGAAGAGAGACCGGUGAGUGGGACGUGCGAGCAGAGGGAGAGAAAAGCAGAAAAAGUAAAAAGCAACUCUACUGUUUCUCUUCUUCGGUGAGCCCCUCGCCGACCAGCACCGGAGCUCUGCCUCACCGUGCGACCACCGCCGUCUACUGCACCCGCGUGGCCGCUCCUGUUCUGCCCUGCGACGCCGCUGCCGCCCUGGUCAGACCGCGAUCUGUGCCGCCCGAGCGACGGCGCCUCUGCCUGUUCGCCGCACCGACGCAGCCCGGAGCCGAAGCCCACUGGGAUUUCGCCCUGCUGCCUCGCCGUUCCGCCCCACGCCGUCGCGACCCGCCUCCGUCCGCCCGUGACCCAGCGGGUUUCGAACCGGCUCCUCUCUGCUCUGUCCGUGAGCCGCCUGAGCCGCCUAGUUCCAUCUCUGCUCCGACGCACCGCUGCUCUGCUGCCCGCCGGACGCUGCGUUGCCGCCUUGCCAACCUCUGUCACUUCUCAACUCAGCAUCGCGCCUGCUCCGAGUUUCCCAUAGCAGCUGCCACUCCGCCUCCGUCCUCCCUGUUCGCUGCUGUUCUACCAGCUAUUGCCGGAGCUCCGACGGCCGUGCCCAUCGCCCUCACCGGAGCCCUUGGGUGACCUAUCACCACAGCCGCUGCCCUUGAGCCGUGCCGUUUCGAGCCUCCAUCGUUGGUCCAUUCUACCGAUUUGGAUUUUUUGGAAAAAUUUCAAAUAUAGAAGAAGAACCGAUCCUGUCAUAUGGAGCAUAGCUCAGGCCCUCUCAAUCUCUGUCAUGUCCUCACAAAAUCAAUCAUCAUCAACCGCACCCACAUGCUCGUUCACGCCACAGCUCUAUCCACUCUCAUAUACUAUAGAGCUUCGUUUUUCUUCAGUGAGAGUAAAUCGAGAGACAGAGCCACAACUUUGGCAUGUCUCACCAUGUUCCUUGCCGAGCUAGGGCUAUCUUUCCUGUGGCUGCUCAGCCAAGCCUUCCGGUGGCGGCCCGUGAGACGGACCGCCUUCCCCAAGCGGCUGCCAGAGGACAAGGAGCUGCCACCCAUCGAUGUGUUUGUGUGCACGGCGGACCCAGAUAAGGAGCCGACUGUUGACGUGAUGAACACGGUGGUGUCGGCAAUGGCGCUUGACUAUCCCCCGGAGAAGCUCCAUGUGUACCUCUCGGACGAUGGCGGCUCGACACUGACCUUGCAUGGGACGAGGGAGGCCCACGAUUUCGCAAGAUGGUGGCUGCCCUUCUGCAAGAGGUAUGGGAUAAAGACGAGGUGUCCGAAGGCAUUUUUUAAGGAGGAAGAGGAUGGUGAGGGGAUUGGCAUGAGUUCUGAGAAUGAGUUUGGCUCUGAGAAGAAAAUAGUCAAGGAGAAAUAUGAGUUGUUCAAAGAACGAGUAAAUGAGUACCGAAAGAGGCACCGAGGUGACUCGAGCCACACUAGCCGAGACCAUCCGCCUACCAUCGAGGUGGUCCGAGGGAAUGUCCCUGAUGAAGUUAUGCAAGCACACCAAGACCCCAUGCCUAAGCUUAUAUACGUCUCAAGAGAAAAGAGACCUUCUCAUCACCAUCACUUCAAAGCUGGAGCUCUCAACGUUCUUCUCCGGGUAUCAGGAGUGAUGAGCAACUCGCCUUAUAUUUUAGUGCUGGAUUGCGACAUGUACUGCAACGACCCUUCUUCGGCUCGGCAGGCGAUGUGUUUUCAUUUGGAUCCGAGAUUAUCUCCAUCGUUAAUGCUGGUUCAAUUUCCUCAAAUGUUUCAUAAUAUUAGUGAGAACGACAUCUACGAUAGCAAGCUCAGACCGUACUUUUGGACAUGUUGGUAUGGAAUGGAUGGAUUGAAGGGACCUGUUUUAUCUGGGACUUGCUUUUACAUCAAGAGAGAGUCCUUGUAUCGUAAACCCGUGCAAGAAGGUUUUGAUCUCAUGGAUUUAAAGAAACUCUUUGGCCAUUCGAAUGAAUUCAUCAAAUACCUUUGGCAAAAGGAGAAGCCAAGCAAGAACACCAUUGCUGGCGACUCUGCAGCAUUGAUGAAAGAAACCCAACUGUUAACUUCUUGUGGCUAUGAAAAUGGCACAAAAUGGGGUCAAGAGGUGGGCUUCAUGUACAAUUCUGUGGUAGAAGACUACUUCACCAGUUUUACCUUACACUGCAAAGGCUGGACUUCAGUGUUUUAUACCCCAUCAAAGCCGCAAUUCUUAGGGACCGCGACAACGAAUUUGAAUGACAUGUUGAUUCAAGGCAUGAGAUGGUAUUCUGGGUUGUCACAAGUUGGUAUCUCGAGAUUUUGUCCUCUGAUCUAUGGCUCGUUGAGGAUGCCCAUUCUACAGAGCAUGUGCUAUGCUGAACUUUCACUUUUACCCUUACAUUGCCUGCCAAUUUGCUGCUUUGCAACUAUUCCUCAGAUCUGUCUAGUAAAUGGCAUCUCUAUAUACCCUGAGGUUUCAAGUUCAUAUAUAAUGCUAUUUGCCUUCAUCUUCCUAUCAUCCCUUUGUAAGCAUCUCUAUGAAGUCGUCGCAAGUGGCCAUUCAGUCCAAACAUUCUUGAAUGAACAACGAAUCUGGAUGAUCAAGUCAACGACGUGUUAUGUAUACGGAACCAUAGACGCGAUUAUGACACAAAUCGGCAUGAGAAGAGCUAGCUUCUUGCCUACAAAUAAGGUCGACGAUGAUGAGCAAUCGAAGAGAUACGAGAUGGGGAUAUUUGAUUUUCAAACGUCAAUAAUGUUUCUGGCUCCGAUGGCGACUCUAGUGAUAUUGAACAUGGCUUCCUUCUUCGGAGGAGUCGCUAGAGUUCUUACUUUGGGAGGCUUCGACAAACUGUUCAUGCAGAUUGCACUCUCACUUUUCGUCUUAGUGAUGAGCUACCCCGUGAUUGAAGCGAUGGUAUUGAGGACGGACAAAGGACGCAUUCCACGAUCAGUCACCAUACUGUCAGCUUUUCUUUCCUUGGUUUUGUUGUUGCUAGGUUCAAGUUUUCUCAUGUAACAAUGAACGUUACGCAUAAGAAGUCAUGAGUCAUUGCAGAAAAGGUCCUCAAUUGGCAUAAUUGUUGUACGUUCUCUAGAAAAUAUUCAGAAGUGACGCUGGAUUAUCGAGGACUACAAUUGUGUAAGCUUUAAAUUGACUUAUGAGACAAUUGCGACAAGAUUAGUUGUUCAA